CCGGGCCGGGCCGGGGUGGGCCGGGCUGGUCCGGGCUGGUCCGCGGAUGGCAGUACUUGUACUUGCAGCCGGCGUCGGUGCAGCGGAGCUCCGCUGCGUGUAGCCCGGGAGCCGCUGGUCCUACCGCCGCCGCAGACGCGCCUCCCAGCGGGUGAGUUUCUCUGGACGCCACCAUGGACAACUCCCAGUGCUUCUACUGCCGCGAGGACCUCGGGGGGAAGAGGUUCGUCCGCAGCGAGGGCAAGCCGGUGUGCGUUCGCUGCCACACCAAGUUCUGUGCCAACUCCUGCGCCGAGUGCCGUCGGCCCAUCUCUGUGGAGUCAAAGGAGCUCACCCACAGAGGCCGCUACUGGCACGAGGAGUGUUUCCGUUGUGCCAAGUGUUACAAGCCUCUGGCCAAGGAGCCGUUCAGCACCAAGGACGACGCCAUCAUGUGUGGGAAGUGUUGCUCCAGGGAAGACGCUCCGCGCUGCCACGGCUGCUACAAGGCCAUAGUGGCUGGCACAGAGGUUGUGGAGUACAAAGGGAACUCGUGGCACGAUGAAUGCUUCACCUGUUGCCACUGUAAGCGGCCGAUAGGAUCAAAAAGCUUCCUCUCCAAAGGGAGUGACGUCUACUGCACCCCCUGCCAUGAUAAGAAAUUUGCCAAACACUGCGUCAGCUGCAAGAAGCCCAUCACCUCUGGAGGGGUGAACUACCAGGAGCAGCCGUGGCACAGCCACUGCUUCGUGUGCAGCUGCUGCUCCAAGCCUCUGGCAGGGACCAGCUUCACCAAACACGAGGACCAGGUCUUCUGUGUCGACUGCUACAAGAACUCUGUGGCCAAGAAGUGCAGCGGCUGCCAGAACCCCAUCACAGGUUUCGGUAAAGGUGUGAACGUUGUGAAGUACGAGGGCAGCUCCUGGCACGAGUACUGCUUCAACUGUAAGAGAUGCUCCCUCAGUCUGUCCAACAAGCGCUUCGUGGCCAAGGGAAAGGAAAUCCUCUGCUCCGACUGCAGCGACAAGGAGUGACGGACCAGCGCCGUCACAUAAAGCCAUGAAUAGAAACAUUGUGGUCUAUAGCUUUUUUACUUAAAUUCUGAUGUCCCCAUUUCAACAUUCCUUCAUUUUUCAGCUGGCAUUUAUUUUUGACUUACCUCGGGGUAAAAAGCAGAAACUGCCAGACUGAGAUCAUUGUUUUCUGCUGUUUGUGCUGAUGCUGCAUGCUAACGCUUCCAGUAGUUGUCAUAGCAACCUUUGUUGGAAAGCAAGUUUUAAACGACACGCUUAAAGAUUAUGUGCAAGUAUCUGACUAUUGCUAUUGACAAACGCUUCAGUUCAACACAUUUGCAGAGCAAACAGCUGCAGCCACUUAGAUCAAGCUCAGAUUGUAUUUUUAUGGCAAAUUAAUGCAGAAAACCCGUUGAUUUGAAUGUUCACAAACUAUUGCCCAUAUGAGAAGCACACCAAUUUGUUCUUCACUAAAAUACUAUGAACGAAUCACCAUGAAUGUCAAUCAACAAUGUCAUUCUGGAGAAAUGUGUAACUUCAUGAGCAUCAUUCAGCACACAUCUUAAAGUGUUAAAGUGUUCAUGUAUUUAAAAUACAUGAUACAUGAUACAUUAAUGCUUUCAGGUGACUUUUGUUGUGUUUAGUCCCGUUCAAAUAAACUGAAUUACAUUUGAUAUUAUGUAAUGCCGUUGUGACAUCAGAUCAUACGUUUGUAUUUGUCACUUUGUUUGGGGCCGUCUACGGUUGGAAACACGGCAUUUACUGAGCGGCUCUUCAACUGUUGUUUGACAAACUGUAAAUGGGGAAAGAAAUGUGAUUUAAAAUGAAAUCUUCUCUGGAGUAUUUGGACCAAAGCCUGUCACAGACUUCAGCCAGCUGUGUCAACUCCUGAUCUGGACUUAUUUAUCUCCUUUAUGUCUAAAAAAAGUAUCAACCUGAGGCCCUAAAUAAACAUUUAUAUAAUAUAUAUAUAUAUAUAUAUAUAUAUAUAUAUUAUAUUAUCAUACAUACAUACAUACAUACAUACAUACAUACAUACACACACACACACACUGUAUUGGGAUUUUCAUUAUUUUUAAAUUGCUGCUUGCAAAAGGAUGGAUGGAUGGCAAAAGGAUUAUUAAACUUACAGCAAGUGAACCAUUUUUAUGGUCUUUUACACUUUGUCUUCCAGGAAAGAGAAAACUAAUGAUCAAACUGAAAUAUGUGCCAAGAGCAAGUCUCCGUGUAUAUUUUAUAUUGAAAUAAACCUUCUGAAACCGA